UAUAGGAUUCCAGUCCUACGAGCUUAAAAUUCGUCUUUGUCAGAUAGACGCCAAAGCCAUAAUAAAUUCUGGAGAAGCACAGCUACGGAAUAGGACUAAGGCAUUACAUAAAAAAGAGGAAAUCCAUAAAAAAAAAAAAAUACAAAUCGUUAUCUAAGUCCUAUCUCAACAACUUGCCUCCCACCUUUAAGACUGUCGUUGUACACCCUUUUCGAAAAUAAUAACCACAGUACACCAGUGAACAACACCCACCACAUAACAAAUGUAAACAAACCUCCAUUCUUUUAAAAUAUCACAUUAAGAGUACCCAAAUCUACCCAACCGUUGGACACUCGUCGCUAUAACGAGGUCGACGCUGCUGGGGCCGGCGAAGGAGCCCUUGGGAAAUAACCAGCGGCUAACAGGAAGUACAGGACAGGGUGUUCCUCUCGCCUCUUCCUGCUUAUCGACCUUGAAGUACGCACUCGACGCCUUGUGAAGCGAAAGUGAUGCGAGCAGAUGCGGACUCCUGUUGCGCCUCGCCAUCCACGGACCUCAGUACGCCCCUGGGGACGAGCCCACAGGAGGAAGCAGAACAGACCAGCAUCGCCCCCAGCAGGAGAAAACGUUCAGUGUUCCACCUCUUCAACAUGAUGACCUGUGCCACAGACUGCAACCCCUUAGACUACAAGGGUUAUGGUUGUUACUGCGGUUUCCUUGGCUCUGGAGUUGUGGUGGAUGGCAUUGAUAAAUGUUGCAAGGGUCAUGAUUGGUGCUAUGAACAUGCAAGUUGCAAAGGCAUAGAUCACUACUUUACUCCCUACAAGUGGAAAUGCAACGGAGGAUCACCUUACUGUGUGCCUACAAAAGGCCCACUUGGAGGACCUAACAGCUGCGGCCAUCAGCUGUGCGAAUGCGACCGAGAGUUUGUCGAAUGCCUGAAGCAGUACCCUUGUCCCAGGGCCAAAGCCAUGUGCAUGACAUCACCCUGGAGGUACUGGCAGAACCUCUUCAUGGGCAUGUCAAGUGGGAUGGGAAUGCACCACCCACCCCAUGAGGAACAUUCCCAUGACCAUCCCAAUGAAACUAUCUAAAAUCCUGGAAGGAAUGGAUGGUUGGGGCACCCUUGCCAGAACUUACAUUCAUCAAUUUCUUUCAUAUAUAUCUGUUUGUAGUAUUUACCUCAGGUAGCACUAAACAAUAUUGUAAAUCUUGUGUAAUUUACAUUUAAAGCAGGCUUUGAUAAAGCAUGUUCUGUAUAUUAUCUGUAUAUAGAAUGCAUGAGCUGUAUAGUCAUUUGUAAUGUUGACAUAAUCACCUUCUAAAUUUACUUGUUACAAAGUUUGAUUUUGAAAGGGAGUUCAUUGUGGUUACUUUAUAUUAUGGCCCAUAGUAGUAGACAGAAUACUGUUCUAUUUUGAAAUGUGUUGCUCCAUAGAUAAUUAAUAAAUUAGUCAAAUUGUUAAUCUGAUAUUCCAGAUUUUUUUCUAUAAUUUAAGGGUGUAUUUAAGAGAUGUAUGUCAUUCUGUAUAUAUGACCAUGAAUAGGUAUUAAGAAAGCUUGCUUUAGAGACUAACCAUUCUAUUUUCAUUGUAUAUAGUAAUUUGGAUACUAUUAUAAUACAGUAAUGUACAUACUUUGUGUGUGUAUGCCUUUUGUGACAAUCUCCUAAUAAGUUUGCUGUAGUUUUAUGUGAUAAUAUGUUGUACUGAUGUGUGUGUCUAAAAUGUAUGAAAUACAUAUAUAUUUAGGAUAAUGUAUAUGUAUCUGUAUGAAAGAUCAUUUCAUCUCCAACAUUCUAUCUUUCAGUAUUAUUGUAUUCAACUAAAUAUUUUCUGCAUUUUUUACCCCAUUAAUUCCUUAAAUUUUGGAUUUGCAGAAAUACAAUAUUCUUCGGGAAAAUGGGACGUGAGGCUACCAUAGCUCUCCAGACACUUCUAUAGUCAAUGCCAGGCCAGGAGACUGACAUUGUUCUCGACUCAUACAAGAUAACUCUCACUGUGAUAAAAGACACAGUUGUGACAGCACAACAAGACUCCAGAUGACAUGCUACACAGAUAUGGACUUAUAAGAAUGUGGAUAAUGACAAAGACAUCAUUCUUUCACUUUCAGAAUAAAGUUGUGAAUGAGUCUUUUUAUGUUUAGUGUGAAUGAAAACUGCCAGUUCUAUUUAUUUUUAAUUGUUUAAGUGUUUUUUAACAAUAUUUUACCUCUAACAUCCCAUGAUUUUAGGAACUUCUAUAUGUCAUAGUUGCUGUCCUCAGGAACAAGUUAACAAAAAUACCUCAGGACUAAAAACUCUUCAUAGAUGUAAUUGAACCAACUGUUUUCAUUUAGAAAUAUGUCCUUUUUUGACAUGAAGCAUUUUUGAUUAUGAUACAAAACAACCUUUUCAAUAUUCACAGAUUACAUCAUGAUAUAUGUAGGUAGUAUAGUGAUUGAGUCUUAAAUGAAGGUCAUAAAAAAGUAUCACAAUACAUGUAAUCAUAGGAACUUCCUAGUUAUAUCGCAAUAUAGGUAAGCUGUCUUCAUUUAACCAAAAAUUUGUUUUGAGUGAUUUCAUUCUUUCCUCUUUUUCUAUCACUUCAGUGCAUACAUGAUGGGCUUAUAUAUUUUUUUUUUUUUAUUGAUUAUCGUAAAAUGAGUAUAAAAUAUGAAAGUAUAGCACAAACUUUUCUAAAUUAUCUGGAAGUAUAUGUUAGGAGUGAGUACAAGAGAAGUGAGUGUUGUUAAGAACCUUAAGAUAUUAAUAAUGUCUCAAGAGCAUCUACACCUGUUAGAGGUCUCUUUAGAUGACAUCGUGAAAGAUCAUGAGAAUGAUCAUUUUAAAAUUAAAGGUGUAAGAAAUCACUCCAAGAAAGACUUUAUCAAACAAUAUUUCUGUAUGCGAGUCAGGAAAAUUUAAAGGUUAUCUAAAAGUUAUCUAAAAUUACUGACAACUGAAGACAUUGGAAAGGCAGUUUUCCAUGAAUGUUUUCUCUCUUAUCAUUGGUAUAUAAUGUAGCUUACAGUAAUUUAGCAACUUUUGAUAAAGAUGUUUAACCGUCAUACAUGGGAUUCUUGUCAUUGAAAGUGUCAUUGCUAACUUUUACACUUUACUUAAAAAUGCUCAUUUUUUGUGCUUUUCACAGUAUUCACCCAGAAAUCAGCACUACACUUGCUCUGUCAGUAUAAACAUACAAGAGGCCAGUAAUAGCAAAUCAACACAUGUAUAAUUCUGUAUUCUGUAUCUGACUUUUCUUUCAUUAAUCAACUACAAAUUUGGGUAAAAUGGGAAUUUCAUAUUAUAUAAGAUGAAUUUUAUUCAGAUCCACCUGUAGAAUGCAAUAAUAUCUGUACAAGAAUCAGGGCAUUUAUAACAGAAACAUUUUUUUUUUUUGCUAAAAAGUUAGCUUAUAGUUGCAUAAUAUACGAGGGAAUAUAUGCUCUGCUUACAGUACUUAGAAUUUGUCAGUUUUGAGGUUGCAUAAUUUUUCAAUGACUAGGGUAAAGUUUCAAAGAAAUCCAUAUUUGAGAUAUGAUUAUUUGUAUUAAAAUGGUAUAUUCUAUUUGUUCCAUCAAAUCAGUCUUGCAGUUGAGUUGUUGCAGUUAUAUUUAUCUUCAUCUUUAUUUUAUCUUUUUCACUUUUAUUUGAUCUUUGGAUUGUAAAAUCUACCAUUAUUUAAAAGAAAAGCUCAAGUAACAAAAAAAGAAAAAUCAAAAGGAAUAACAAGAAAAAGUCAAGUCUGUGUAUUGUUCUUUGCUUGUAUUGCUUUUUACAGUCUUUAUAUUUUGAAAUGGUGAUAUUUUAGAAUAAGCAGAAGUCUUUUAUUCAUUAUGAGAAUGCAUAUCAGUUUAAAGGAAGUGUAACGGAAGAAAAGUAGAGGAAAUGGAUGAAUUUAUAGUGACUGCAGCUAUCUCAAGAACUCUGCAAAAAUAAGACUGAAAUUCCAUUUACAUUAAGUAAUUUAAGAUAAACUACACUGCUAAAUGGAAGGGAAUGAAUCCUUUUACUGUUUCUGGAAAUGUUUCUGAUAUAUGGAAAUGAGAGAGAUCCAUUAAAUCUAAGGAUUCUUACCAAUAAACUUAAAAAUUGAGUUUGUGUAGUAAAUCAGAAUUAGACACAUUAAAUGCUACACAUUUCUACUUAAAUAAUUUAGAUAUCUUGACCUACUCUGAAAGGAUUCAUUCUCAUUCUGAGUGUGCUGUAGAUACAGUACAAACAGCAAGUGAAAAGGGAUUUUGGGCAUUAUAAAUUAUUUUUAAAAUUUUGUGUAUAUAUGUAUAUUAGUGACUGUCAUGGUCAAUCAUAUUUUGUGUGUAAAAUAAAUGAGGAUUUAAGAGCUGGUGGUACCUUCCAGGCUCCUCCAGACUGUGUGUAAAUAGUGUGUAAAAAGUGUAUAAAGUAUAUGAAUUUGUCCAUGAUUGUAUAAUAUUUCCUGCUAAACUUUCACAUGUCCCAUUACAUAUAACAGUAUUAUGGAGAUGCUGAAGACAACCAUUCCAAUACCGUUUCAGAUGAAUUGUUGGCAUUUACAAACCAUUAAAGACAUUAAUAUAA